UAGUCUGUUGACCGAAAAAUGACUAAAAAUACUCAUUUAACACAAUUUUAAGAAGUUGAAACAGUAAUAUAAAAAGCUCAAACAUCGAAAUAAGUUUUUCAUAAAAGUUGAGAAACCUUAGGUGUAAUUUUUCCUAAGCAAAAUUGUUCUUGUUCUUGCUUCACCAAAGCCACAACUAACUAAUUAUGAGCGGGAGAUUCUGCUUUUACUAAGAAACAAUGGGAAUUAUGGAGGAAUCAACGAUCAAGCUUAAAUUAUCGCCUCCCAAUACGUAUGACGCCGUUGUUCUUGGCGGCACCUUCGACCGGUUACACGACGGCCAUCGUCUUUUCCUCAAAGCAUCAGCCGAGCUUGCUAGAAAUCGAAUUAUUGUCGGAGUUUGUGACGAUCCUAUGUUAACUAAUAAGCAGUUUGCUUACUUGAUACAGCCCGUUGAAGAAAGGAUGCGUAAUGUUGAAAAUUUCAUCAAGUCUAUAAAAUCUGAACUUGCAGUGCAAGUUGAACCUAUUAUUGAUCCAUAUGGACCUUCAGUUGUUGAUACAAAUUUGGAGGCUAUAGUUGUUAGUAAGGAGACAGUACCAGGUGCGCUCUCAGCUAAUAAGAAGAGGGCUGAGAAAGGCUUUCCACUUUUAAAGAUUGAGGUUGUGGAUCUUCUUUCGGGAGGUUCUUGUGGAGAUAAGCUCAGCUCCACCAUGUUAAGGAGACUUGAGGCUGAGAACGCUCAAAAACAAGAAGUAGCAUACAACACAUGAAUUGGAACAAUGUUGUCAUGUGAUCUCUAAGGCUUUUUAAAAAAGAUUAUUUUUUACAGAAUACGUAGACAUUAAACAACGUGGAACGUCAACGCAUAAGCUUUUCACACAAUAGCAUAGAAUAUCCAGUUGUUUCUAUUCGUACUGGAUUAUGAGAAAACUGAAAAUGUAUGCCUGUGCUUUGCACAACUCUCUUAAACCAAUAUUAUGAACAAAUUAUUGUGUAGAUCUGAAAGGUGGGAUUCUUAUAGUCAAUUAAAUUUAGGUAAGAUGAUAACAUUUAUAAGAAUUUAUUUUCAUUUAACUGGAGAUUUGUAAUAAUACACUAUUGUUGAAUCUAACUGAUCUCUAAGAAUUUGCUAUAUAAAAUUUAGUAAGAGUUUUGAAAUUUUUUUCUUACUGAUGUUGAUUGAUGAUCAUUUUCUUAAAUUUUUGAUUGCUUCUAUGAUUUUAUUUUUUUGCAGCGGUUAAUUUUAGUUACUUGUCUUGUGUUCAUUUGAUUUUUGCAACUCCAAGUUCCUUGUAGAUUUUCCAGUCACUUUCAUAUUUUCUGGUGCUCUUGUCUUGUCAACUGUGUAAACUGUGAAAUUUUUUAAUCUAUUUCUCAGAAGUCUAGACUUAAUUCAGUUAGACUUAUAUUCUUUUAGACUUAAAGUAUUAUCUAAGCAAAACCAAGCUUCAAGGUUUAUUUGCAGGCCAGGUACAAAUCGACAUUACAUUUCUAUCAUCUUUCCUUUGAUUUCUUAUGGAAGACUAAUUUGACCAUUAAAUUCAUUUGCAGGUGAUGGAAGCAUCUAAUUGUAAAGCAAAACCAGGGAUUCUGAACAAGAUUCUGCUAGAAUUUCUUUACGCGAAAAGCUGAAACUUUUGCCGGUGAGUAUCUUCUUUAAGGAUCCUGUUUUUUCCGAAUGAUUCUUUGGUGUACUUGGAGAUGCACUAACUCUGACCUGCUAGUGGUUAGCUGCUACUGAUUUGCGGGCUUGUGUUUUCCGACACUGCUAGAAAGGUUUUACAUGGGCAAGGUGGAGAAGCAAAUUUAAGCUCUAUCUGGGUGAUUCACUGCAUCUUGUUAGAUUACACUAUCAUUACCAUACCAUGCCUGAUAAGGGAUAUAAUUACUUGAACCAACCAGAGCUUUUGGCUAGUUAUUGUAAAAUCAUAAUUUUGCUGAAACAUUGUGUGUAUUGCUGAUUUAUCCAUGAUUAACUGUAAUCCUUCUCAAAACCUUUUUUUCCUAAA